AUGGCUUCGCACAUUGGCCCAUGGAGGUCAGAAGCUCAGGGUCGUCUGUCGCCUGACUCCAAUGGCGACCCCAAGACUGAUUUUACACGCUGGCGAUUGGUCAACGAGGAAGGCCGCCAGACUUGGCGGUAUCUGGAAUCCGAUGAGGAAAACGAUGCCUGGCCGCAGUCGGUUGCAGAUAAAUACAAUCUUGGCUUGCCAACCGACCUACCAGUAUUGCCCGAGGCCAAGACCCCCCUUCAAGCUGCCGAGAAUGGUCUGUCGUUCUUCUCCCAUUUGCAGCUGGAGCCUGGCAACUGGGCCUGCGAGUAUGGUGGCCCCAUGUUCUUGCUCCCUGGAUUGUUGAUCACCUGGUAUGUGACCAACACGCCUAUUCCCCCAGAGUAUGCGACGGAAAUCAAGCGCUAUCUGUUUGCUCGUCAAAAUCCUGAGGAUGGCGGCUGGGGCCUGCAUAUUGAAGCCCAUAGCUCCGUAUUUGGCACCUCGAUGAAUUAUGUGGCUCUUCGGCUAGUCGGUGUGGGCGAAGACGACCCCCGUAUGGUGAAGGCGCGCGGCCUGUUGCACAAGUUCGGAGGUGCUAAUUAUGGUCCUCACUGGGCCAAAGCCUGGCUUAGUAUUUUGGGCGUCAUGGACUGGGAAGGUGUCAACCCCGUCCCCCCUGAGAUCUGGCUUCUUCCAGAUUGGGUGCCUUUUGCCCCUUGGCGAUGGUGGAUCCAUAUUCGUCAGGUCUUCCUCCCUCUGUCUUACAUCUGGUCGAAAAAGUGGUCAUUGCCCUUGAACGACUUGACGAAACAGCUUCGUGAUGAACUUUACCCCCAACCAUAUGAUUCUAUCGACUUUUCCAAGCAUCGCAACUCCAUUCAUCCGGCCGAUAACUACUAUCCGAAAACCUGGAUUUUGAACGGCAUCAAUGAACUCCUUGUACGAAUCUGGAAUCCCCUUCUCCGAAUUGGACCUAUCGUAAAGCGAGCGGAGGAUUGGACCUGGGAAUUGAUUCGCAUGGAGGAUGAGAACACUGAUUAUGCGGGGCUGGGACCCGUUAGCAAUCCUCUCAACAUGGUUGCGUGUUACAUCCACGAUGGCCCAGACAGCUAUUCCGUACGCCGUCAUCGCGAGCGGUUGAACGAUUACAUGUGGAUGAAGAACGAGGGCAUGUUGGCAAAUGGCACUAACGGCGUUCAAGUGUGGGAUACUACUUUUGUCACACAGGCCGUUGUUGUCGCUGGAUUGGCCGAUGAUCCGAAGUGGCGACCCAUGCUGACCAAGGCUCUGGAGUUCAUUGAUGACCAUCAGCUGCGAGAAAAUGUUCCUGAACAGGAAAGGUGCUAUCGUCAGCACCGUAAGGGUGCUUGGCCCUUCAGCACCAAGACUCAAGGCUACACUGUCAGUGAUUGCACCGCCGAGGGCCUGCGCUCUACAAUCCAGCUCCAGGAAAUGCACAACUUCCCCAAGCUCAUUUCUUUGGACCGUUUGAAGGACAGUGUGGACUGUUUGUUGCUGAUGCAGAACCCGACUGGUGGUUUUACCGAGUAUGAAACCACUCGAGCCUCCCCCAAGGUUGAAUGGCUCAAUGCCGCCGAGGUUUUUGGAGGCAUCAUGAUUGGAUAUGACUAUCCGGAGUGCACUACUGCAUCGGUGACUGCUUUGUCUCUCUUCAGCAAAUUCUACCCCGACUACCGGGCCGAUGAAAUCCGAGCUGCCAAGAACAAGGCUGUUGCCUACAUUAAGCGGGCACAACGCCAGGAUGGUAGCUGGUAUGGCUCCUGGGGUAUCUGCUUCACUUAUGCCGCCAUGUUUGCAUUGGAAAGUCUGGCCAGCGUGGGUGAGACAUACAAAACCAGUGAGAACUCCCGCCGCGGCUGUGACUUCCUGAUCUCCAAGCAGCAGGCCGAUGGCGGCUGGGGCGAGUCGUACCUCAGCAGUGAGAAGCAUGUCUAUGUACAGCAUGAGAUGUCGCAGGUCGUCCAAACUGCCUGGGCUUGUCUUGCCCUUAUGGAAGCCAGUUAUCCCCAUAAGGAGCCUCUCGAACGAGGUAUUAAGCUUCUGAUGUCUCGGCAGCAACGUAAUGGCGAGUGGCUGCAAGAAGCUAUUGAGGGUGUUUUUAACCAAUCAUGCAUGAUCUCCUAUCCUAACUACAAGUUUUAUUGGCCCAUCCGGGCUCUCGGCUUGUACAGUAAAAAGUUUGGCAAUGAGGCGCUACAGUGA